AUGUUUUCCUGCAUUUCUUCAUCUUAUAUAAAGGGAAAACACUGUAUACAUUCAAUAUCAAGUCGAAGAGAAACUUUCAAAUUACUAGAAAGAUAUACUCGCUGUCUAUAUAUCAUGGCAUCGCAGUCCAACUCGAGACCGGAGAAGCAAGUCGUUCUCAAGGCCGUUUAUCAGUCCCCCCGCACAUCUGAAGAGACGACCGCACCGCCCGCACACCUCUUCUCACAACGGCUCUCCGCCUCUAUACCUCCAUUUGGCGAAUAUAGCCUUGCAGAAAGAACAGCAUAUUUAGCAGAGCUUCGGACCUCUAUCGUCUCCCUGCAGGCCGAUGUGAACGCCUUUCUUACCGAGAAAAUGGAGGACGAUAAGCUGCGCGAGCAAGGAAGCGGUACAACGGAUGACAAAAAGGAAGAAGAUAAUUAUGGCGAAGAAGUGAGAGAUGGGAGGAAUAAACGACGCUACCGAGAUACCAUAUGCCGAGUGGGCUGGAAUCACACUUCUAUACCACUUGUCAUGCUGCAGAGCUCAACCUAUUGGCGCAGCCCAGAUGAACGACCAUAUUGCUAUGGUAACGUUGUUAGCAACCGGCGUUUAUACGGAUUUUAA